GCAAGAUCAAUAUUGUGGACUGCCCAAAUCGACUUCAAUUCUUUAACUUGUCACAAAGAUGAGCACAGACGAACACACCCAGGGCCUCGUCAAUCAACUUGAUUUCUUCCCCCGAAGUUUUGACACUGCGAAUUGGGUUUUUGGGGACCAGGGAGGUUUGAUAAUAUGGUAUGAGGAGAUUCUAGGUCGCCUGCCUUAUCCGGGGGGCCAUUUGCCUUCCGAUGUUGUUACUACAUAUCCUCCAUCUACAGUACACUCCUGUGGCGACGAAUGUUCAAGCAAUUGUUCGGACCUAGAUGUGGACCUUCUGCAAGUACUAGAGGACGUUGUGCUGGAUUACCCCCCAAAUGAUCUCGCUCGGGGUCCUUUGUUUCCAAUAAAGGAAGAGCCCACGGAUGACUCUCUUGCAUACAUGGAGACUUCAAGCAACACCUUGAUCUUAUCGAUUCGAAAGAGCUCUUGGAGGUCGACAAGAUUCCUCCAAAAUUCCAUAUACACGGAGCGUUUGGAGGAACAUAAAACCUCGGAUUCAGAGGCAAAGCAUCUUACAAUUACUUUACCUGAUAUGCUGGAAACCCUAUUUCAAGUUACCUAUCUAGACCUUGAGGUGAUUAGAAUUCGGCAAAUUCUUUCAACGUUACGCGAAGCGCUAGAGGUACAAAGAUCUGGAGCGAAUAGAAAACUCAAUACAAGGAUCAUAGAGUCCUCCUUGGACAGCAAUAUUUGGUCGCGCAAUCUGUUGCAAAGUAUACAAGGUGUUUGGAGCAUAUCUACCAAACCCAUCCAUGGGAUUGAUUCUGUUCUGGCCACAAGUGAAUGGUACUUCUACAUGGGCAUGGUUGCUCUUUCUCGUUCACAAUUUCGAUUCCGCUCGCCGCCUCUAAAACAAUAUUUGGAUUCUGCAAUAUCCUUCUUCUUCCUGGACCUUCAAUAUGGCACCGACCGUUGGGAGACGUGGUAUCGAUUAGCGCAGUGCUAUGAGGCUAUAGCAGAGACUACUUCCGAUUUUAUCGCGCUAAUUAGGCGGGCAAUACACUGCUAUAUGAUAGCAAUUUCAUCAGCUAAACGUACUACACACACACACGAAUCCCUGAAAACGCUUUCUCUUCUCUGUCACGACUUUGGAAUAUUAAUAUACAAUUUGACACCGUUGAUGGAAUCAAAAUGGCCUCUCGGCCGUUACGAGACUUGCAAAUUGGCAAUUAAUCUCCUCAAACUCGCGACGCUCUACUUCAGUGGGCGGUGGAUGAGUCAUUUCAUGUUAGCAUCUUACACUUACCAAAGGUUUGAAGUUACACAGGACGGUCAGAGCCGUAAUCUCAAUUUGGAGAUUAAGAGUGUACUUAAAACUUUGAAACAAGCGUUUCAUAUAUUGUCCAAAUCUCCACCAAUUAUUCUUCGCCGGGAAUCACGUUAUGACAUCCACAAAGAAAUUACAUUGUCGCCUUAAACUACUCCAUCGCAGUGUUUUUACGCUGCCGCGAGAGCUUCCGCUCCGAUGUUAAGGCUUUCUCCAGAUCCAUCCCACCAGUCAAGCGGAAGGGGUAUCGAAUUGAAAGAGCGCCGA